ACUGCGCAAGUCCGUAACCCUGACAUGCGCGAACCUGGUCAAAUUUCACCACCCUCAAUUUUGUGUUUGUGUUAUUUAUGAAAUUAAAACAAAAAGAAAACAAUCUAGCUUAACUUUUUUUACAAAAUUGUUACCUUGAAAUACCGUAUUUAUAUUGUAGCUGGUGAUUUGAUAAAUUGGUACAUUUUUAUAAAUAUAAAUAACCUCAAAGACAAUGCAGUUGUUUUUAAUAAUUAAGUGUGUGUUGUGGUAACAGUGACGUGCAUUUGUGAAAAUAAGGUGUUUUAUAGUGCCGCAAUGUUUAUGUAAUUGCUGUAAGCAUUCUUAUUACCGGCGUAACUGAUAUCUAUAACUCCUGCAUCUAAGAACCUGAAUAAAAUGCUGAUGCUAUCUAGAUGAUGCUGAAAUAACUGCCCAGUGCGUAACUGAAAAAUUUGAAGCAGACAAAUGGGAAUAAGAAAUAAAGGGCGGGACUGGCGGUUCCAAUGGAGCAUGGUGAUGAUAGCGGCGGCCGCGCUAGUGGCAUACAACGCGGUCGCCAACCUCUGGCUGCUGCACCCUGCAUCCUGCCCCAUCCCCCCCACGAUCCCGCCGACCGAGCCUCCCACCUGCGAGCCGUGCUUUGGCAAAGUCUCCAGCGCUGGCGCAGAUUAUGACCCUAUCUAUACACUUGACUUAAGGUUAGGCAGGUGGGAUGGUAGUCGAUCAUACAAGAUAUUCGACAAUGUGGCAGUCGGGGAGCUCUACUCCGAGAUGUCUACUAACUACCACGUUUGCCUUGCGACGCAGAGCUCCAUAGAGAGGCUCCACGAGCUAUUGAGAAUUGCAGCGCACUGGACAGGACCUAUUUCAGUGGCUGUGUUUGUGGCCGGCGAUGAAAUGAGACUGCUCAGAGCUUUCACAACAUGGUUGUAUAAAUGCCAGCCAGAAAUUUAUUCAAGACUAGCUUUACACAUUAUUAUGCCUGCGGAGAAACCAGGGUACAAUGACGGGUCACUGCCGAAGUGGGCGAGGGAUUGCGACGUCAUUCCUCUGCCGCACGAGGAACGAAAAGCCGAAACCGUGGCUUGGAGAGCGAGGCAUCCGUAUCCUCAGAAUCACAUGAGGAACUUAGCGAGGAAGAAUACUCACACAUCUUAUGUUUUCUUAGUUGAUAUCGAUAUAGUACCUUCUACAGGGAUGGCAGAAGCCUUAAAUCAGUUUCUCGACAGCUCACCCAAAUGUCCGCUCUGUGCGUACGUGGUGCCUACAUAUGAGUUGGAUCGAAGAGUUGCCAAGUUUCCUGCUAAUAAAUCAGAGCUGGUGAGGCUCUCUAGAAGUAAACUGGCGAUACCAUUCCACAGAAAAGUGUUUAUUUAUAACCAGUUCGCUUCGAACUUUUCACGGUGGGAAGCCAGUGGUGGCAACGAGAGUGAACUCACGCACAUCAGUCACAACGUGACGAACUUCGAGCUGCUGUAUGAGCCAUUUUACCUGGCGUCAGAUACUGUCCCCGCUCAUGAUGAGAGGUUCCUCGGCUACGGGUUCACGAGGAACUCGCAGGUAUACGAGAUGUUUCUAAUUGGAUACCAGUUCAAAGUGCUAUCCCCAAUCUUCACGAUCCACUGGGGGAUACAGACGAGGAGGAACCGUCCGUUGUGGCGGGAGAAACAAAAUGAGAACAAUAGGAAGCAUUUCGAGACUUUCAAGAAGGAACUGUUUGCGCGGUAUAGGAAAGACCCUCUGCAUUUGCUCAAAAGGCCGCAACAGGCUAAAAAGACCUAGGCAUCGCGAGGCCGUGCUGACUCCGCCGGCCUCGGACUACUCAUUCUUGCAGCAUUAUCUUGGACGCUCUUAGUUCUUAUGACAGAAUGACAGGAGAAUUAGUAUACGUGUGUAUAAGUGUUGUAAAGUGACUCGUGUGUAUGGAAACUGUGUCAGACUAAGUGUUGUAGGGUAUUUUUGUAAUAUAACUGAACUAUAAGUGUAAGUAGACAUCAAAGUAGCUAGCUAAAAUAGAUUUAAACAUACUAUGUUGUUAGACAAAAGUAGUUUAUUACACCUAUUUAAAUUUUAUUCUGUAGACCUAAGUAGAUGAUACAAGCGGGCUAAAGUUGAUUUUGGAACAAGCUUUAAAAGGAAAACGAAUACUUGGAUGUCGGUUUAAUUUCAAAGUGUCUUUAUUUCAAUUGAUAACAAUAUUUUUAUUCACAAGAUAUUCUGUAUCCAGGCUCGUAUUAAUAGACAAUUAUUUCGACUUUCAAGUGAUCCUGCAGUAUAUAGUAUUAUGAUGGACCCAAAAUCAGUUUUAGCCAGUAAAAAAAUAUAUUAACUGUAAUUAUUAUACUUAAAUCUAUAUGGCUGUUGUAUAAAAAUUAUGUCGUUAAGUAUUAGAAAAUAAUGCACAUUUAUAAAAGUGAGAUUUUGAUAUACAUAGAUAGAUAUGAGUUUGCCAUUUCAUUGGUUCAAACGUAUUUAUUUUAAAUACAUAGUUACAAUAUGAUAUUGUUGUGUUCUUAUGAAUUAGAUAAUGAAGAAUGAUCAAGUCUAUUUGUAUAAUGUGUUCGGAUUAUUUUGUUGAAGUCAGAUAUUAAAUUAUUAGAUCAUUCACAAUCAUCGAUCUGUCAGAGGCCUUGGGUUCAUAAAGAAACAUAAUUUGUUACAUUUUGGAUUAUCUAUCUUUAUCUUUAAAAAUACACCAAUGGAUAAAUCAGUUACUAAUUAUUUUGAUGGUGUUUUAGAACGUUUAGGUCGGUUGAGGAUGUCUGGGAUCAAACCUCUGAAAGGCUCUCCACAAGUAGGCACAAAGGUUGUAUCAUUUUAGCUACUCUGUAAUAUUAUAUUUGCAUUUAAUCGAUGUUGUGUUGUCUAUAAAUGUGAUACGCGUAACUGUGUAAUAUUAUUGUUAAUUUCACACAGCUGUUAUUAAUAUUUAAAGACGAGGGACACAGAUCACAGUUUUGGUAAUACAGAUCCCUUUAACUGUAAUUUUAUUUAUUCAAUAAAAUAGUAGAUAUAAUAUGAAAUACCUAUCUGAUAAAAAUGUGACUAACUGAGGCACGUUCCAGGUGGUUAUUUUUGCAAAUGGAGGAAGCUCUACUCCGCUUGUACGCAAAGAUAACACAGGAGACAAGAGAAAAUCCUAGUGAACUGAACGGCAACGUUUAUUUUUUGAUGAAUUAUUUCUGAUACAAGUAUUUUAUUAAUUGGUUACCGUUAAAAUGAGAAACUUUGGUUGCAAAAGGAAUUUUAUUUAUAAAGCUUUUACCAGCGGUUUCGCUCGCAUCUCAAAAGGAUAAAAAGUAGCCUA